AAAAAGUAUAAAAUGCAAGAAAAAGAAGAGGGGGCCAAAACCCUUGAGAGAUUGACCCCGCUCAUUUCUCCAAUUCACAGUCUCACUCUGCUCGUGUCUGCAAAUAAUGGCUCGAGAAGAUUUAGACCUCGGUGCUCUAAACCAUGCUAUGAGCUCUGCUCAAAUUUCGAAAGACAAAGAACCGGCUGCUCCCAGCUACUACAGCAACGAAGACGAUGCUGGUGGCGUGCAGAUCACGUGCUUCACUGAAGUCGUCAACGCUACUACUUUCCACUUCCAAAUCAUGCGCCUUCCCAAGCAGAUAUAUGCAUGGAUUGGCUGCAACUCUGCAAAAUUGGGACAUUUGUAUGCAGCAGCACCCAUGAGACCUAACAGUACAGUGGGUGUUACAUCCAUACUUGGUGGGGCUUCUGAUAAUACAGGGUCGAGCAUUGCUCGAAGAUUAGUUUUAAAGACGGGACUGAAUAUAAUUCUGGCUUGCAACAUUCCUAAGAAUAGCCCCAUGAUUGAGGCAGAUGCUGAAAAGUUGUUGGUUCUGAAGCUAAUCAGUCUUGGGUACACAAGGCCAAAGUCAGAAGGAUUGUCUUCAUAGUUGAGGUUUUUCUGAACCUGCUGUUUAUCAGGAAUGCAUACUAGUCUGAUUAUAGUCGUCAAGCUAACACUUUUUCAAGAUUGUGUUCUGAUUGCAAAGUGCUGAGUCAAUUGAAAUAUGAUUUUGGAUGUUUGGCAGGAGUGUAAUGACGAGCAUAGUUUUGUAGCAUCUGGUGAUUGGUUCUGUUUCUUUUAGAGUUUUGCCUAUGAUUGCAAAGUAUUUAAGAAAGCUAGCCAAACUUGUGAGUUUCAAGCAUAGUUGCAGUACAGUGAUUUGGGGCUCGUUUGGAGUGAUUUUGGAUAGGCCAAUAAUCAGAGAAGCAAAUGAAAGGAAGUUGCUUCACCCCAUAAUCGCUUUAAUUCACUGUAUUAUUGUAACCCUUAUGAAAUUAUUUUGCUUUGCUGCUUUGGUUAUCCCCCACUCCGUCACUCUUGUUGGAGCUGGCUUGGUGUUUUUAAGUUUUUUCUCGCUCAAAAUUCUCAGUUAGUCAAUUCCAUAUGCAUCAUGAAAUAAACACCUUUUGUUUCUUUUAAAUUAUUUUUCUAAUAUAAACUAUAAAAACCAAAACCCUAAACACAAAAUGAUUUACCCUAGACCCAAAGGGAACAUUGUAACCACUCUCUGUAAGGAUUCUAUUAAGCCUAAAAUUCAAUGUAAAUGGGCCGCUCUUAUUUUACCAAAAUUUCAUUUAUUUUCUAAAGUUGCACUUAAAAGAUGAACUUUGAAGUGCAAAAUGUUGGUUGUUGCAGGAGGAUAUUCCAAAGAUGAACUUAUUUCGUAUAAUUUGUUAGCAAAACUUAACAUAUUCAUGUUCUCAAAAUUUAACGUGCCCACAAUUCACAACAGUAUAUAGUGUUAUAAACUUAAACUCAUAUAAUAAAUGUAAUAUAAUAUAAAUAAAACAUCUUGACAUACCUUAAAAAAAUUUAUAUAUAAUAAUAACACAUCAAAUAACAAAACCCCACUCUGCACCCGAGUUUGAAUCCCUCUUUUCUUAGAAGAAAAAUAACAAAACCCCAUAACAUGUCACCAAAUCCUUACAUCCAAAAAAUAAAAAUAUAUAGACAAAAGAUUUUUUAAAAAGAAAAGAAAAACAAAUUGAUAUAUAUAUAUAUAUAUAUAUAUAUAUGUAUAUACAACAACCCGAUAAGGCUCUAGCUUAGUAAAAGAGUCUUUCUUGGAUACAUAUACAUGGGAAAAGAUCUUAUACUCUCCUAAAAGUAGGCCACUUUACAUGCCUUUCUUUCUUUCUAAUCGCUCAAACCUUUUCCUUCACUGACUUAAGAGACUGAUCUGGAGGAAUUGGUUAGCCUAAUUAAUCAGAUUUUCCAUCAAUUAAUCUGCUGCAUCAGCAAGUUUGGUGGUCAAAUUUAACUGCCAUGGCUACUCUUAAUCUUAAGUUUCAGCCAGAUGCUGCAGGUACGUAAGACAAACGAGUAUAU